AGGUGCUGAUAUAAAAAACAACGGCUAGCAAACUGAGCUGCUAGCAACAGCAAACACAAUUUGUUAGCAACUAUUGAUGUUAAAGUAGCGUUGGAUUUGAUCGCAGCACACCAAACGUUAUUGCUGAAUUAGCCAGAUGACAAAGACAUCCCAUGCCAGGGUUACGAGCGGUGACGGAUGGAUAGCGGAUCUUCUAUUCAACCCCAUGGCGAUGAGAGGGGCAAUGGUCCAUGAAAAGUUUUGGAUAUAUAGAGAGUGGCUGGUCCACCAGGGACAUCAUCAGGCACUGGAGCACAGAUAACACCUCCGAACUGAUAAACCAUGAUCCCCAUCACUGAGUUGCGGUACUUUGUGGACACACAACCAGCAUACCGCAUCCUGAAACCAUGGUGGGAUGUGUUCACCGACUACAUCUCCAUUGUUAUGCUCAUGAUUUCUGUGUUUGGAGGGACACUGCAGGUCACCCAGGACAAGAUGAUCUGCUUGCCCUGCAAAUGGGUGGUCAAUGAGACCUGCAGGAAGAACUUCAAUUCCACCCUCUCCACAUCACUUUUCUUGGAGCCCAAAGGGAUCCAGUAUGAUCUGGACCGCCACCAGUAUAACUAUGUGGAUGCUGUGUGCUAUGAAAAUAGAUUGCACUGGUUUGCCAAGUAUUUCCCCUACCUAGUAUUACUUCACACCCUUAUUUUCCUAGCUUGCAGCAACUUUUGGUUUAAGUUCCCACGGACUAGUUCCAAACUAGAGCACUUUGUAUCGAUCUUGCUGAAAUGCUUUGACUCCCCAUGGACAACUAGGGCACUGUCAGAGACGGUGGUUGAAGAGAGCGACCCAAAACCAAUGAAAAUGAACGGCUCAAUGGACCAUAAGGAGUCUGUCAUUAGUGAGGAUGUUGAAGCAAGUGUUCCUAUGCUCCAAAGGACAAAGACACGCUUUGAGCAGGGCAUAGUAGAUAGAACAGAGACAGGGGUUUUGGACAAAAAAGAGGGUGAACAGGCAAAAGCCCUGUUUGAAAAAGUGAAGAAGUUCCGUAUACAUGUUGAAGAAGGAGACAUUGUGUACAGACUGUACAUCCGUCAAACUAUUAUCAAAGUCAUCAAGUUCAUUUUGAUAAUCUGCUACACAGGGUAUUACGUGCACGAUAUUAAAUUCAGCGUCGACUGUUCGGUAAAUAUAGAGAGUCUGACAGGUUACAGUGUGUACCGUUGUGCCCAUCCAUUGGCUACGCUUUUUAAAAUCUUAGCCUGUUUUUACAUUAGCUUAGUGGUGGUGUACGGUUUGAUUUGCAUGUACACGCUUUGCUGGAUGCUUCGGCGCUCUCUAAAGAAAUACUCCUUUGAAUCAAUACGGGAAGAGAGCAGCUACAGUGACAUACCUGAUGUAAAGAAUGACUUUGCAUUCAUGUUGCACAUGAUAGAUCAGUAUGACCCUCUGUACUCGAAACGUUUUGCUGUGUUCCUCUCUGAAGUAAGUGAAAAUAAACUGAGGCAGCUCAACCUGAACAAUGAGUGGACACUGGACAAGCUCAGGCAGAGGAUAACUAAGAACUCUCAGGAGAAGUUGGAGUUGCACCUUUUCAUGCUAAGUGGCAUCCCAGACACAGUGUUUGACCUGAUGGAGCUGGAGGUCCUUAAACUGGAGCUUAUCCCAGAUGUCACCAUCCCCCCGAUCAUCGCCCAGCUGGUUAACCUGCGAGAGAUGUGGCUUUACCAUACACCAGCCAAAAUUGAAGCUCCAGCAUUGGCUUUCUUGCGUGAGAACUUGAAGUCUCUGCACAUCAAGUUCACUGACAUUAAAGAGAUUCCCUUAUGGAUCUACAGUUUGAAGAAUCUGAGUGAGCUUCAUCUGACAGGGAAUCUCAGUGCCGAGAACAACCGUUACAUUGUCAUUGAUGGGCUCAGAGAGCUCAAGAGGCUCAAGGUUCUUCGUCUGAAGAGUAAUCUCACCAAGCUACCUCAGGUGGUGACUGAUGUGGGCAUGCACCUCCAGAAGCUCUCCAUCAAUAAUGAAGGCACCAAGCUGAUGGUGCUCAACAGCCUGAAGAAGAUGGUGAACCUGACCGAACUGGAGCUUAUUCGCUGUGAUCUAGAACGUAUACCGCACUCAAUCUUCAGUUUGCACAACUUGCAGGAGAUUGACUUAAAGGACAACAACCUGAAGACCAUCGAGGAGAUCAUCAGCUUCCAGCACCUUCAUCGGCUGGUCUGCCUUAAGCUCUGGUACAACCAGAUUGCCUACAUUCCCAUUCAAAUUGGCACACUGACCAACCUGGAGAAGCUGUACCUGAACAGAAACAAGAUUGAGAAGAUCCCCAGCCAGUUGUUUUAUUGCCGCAAGCUCCGCUUCCUGGACCUGAGCCAUAACAACCUGACCUACAUCCCAACAGACAUUGGCUGCCUCCAGAAUCUUCAGUACCUGGCAGUGACAGCCAACAGGAUUGAGAGUCUGCCUAAUGAGCUGUUCCAGUGCAAGAAGCUUCGCACUUUGAACUUGGGGAACAAUUGCCUACAGUCUCUGCCAUCGCGGUUUGGAGAACUGACCGGGUUGACUCAGCUAGAGCUGAGAGGAAACCGUCUGGAAUGUCUGCCUGUGGAGCUGGGCGAGUGCCGACAGCUUAAGAGAACCGGUCUCGUGGUGGAGGAGGACCUCUUCAACACGUUGCCCACGGAGGUUAAGGAACAGUUGUGGAAGGUUGACAAAGAACAAGCUUAAAGAGGUCUGUUGCUGUCAGUGAGAGCAGAUACUCCCCAACUUGGCCCUGACACAGAAGGAAUGCCCAUACAGUCCCAGAGGGCUUGCUGCAGGCAGUAGACCUGCUGCCAGUGUACUGCCAGUAAGGUUGGGUAUCAAGAGCCAGUGCCAGUUUCACAGAACCGAAAUGCUAAUCCUGGUAGCUUCUGGUUGUUCUCCAUUCAGUUUAGUUUUUUUUAACCUAGUAAUGAUGCUUUAUAGCAAUAAUGUAGCAGUGACAUGGUCAACAAUAUGUCUUUGAAUUUUAUGUUUCUCAAUUAUGGCAGAGAAGUUAACAUAAUGCAGACUGUUGGCCAACUUUACAAAAACCAGAAAUAGAACUUGAGUACGGUUUCCGUACUCCAAUCUUGUCUAAUCAAGAUUGGAUAUAUUACUAAAAUAAUAUGUUCAGUAUUGUUAACAUGAGUAAGUAAGGUGAUCUGUAAGACCUCGCCUCCUCUCUGUGUAUAGAUAACAGCCAAACUGCAAUCUUCACUUGCUCCAAUUAUUUUGAGUUAUUUUGGGGGUGACUAAUGAUGAGUCAUCUCAAAAAAGGUUGUAGAUUGUGAGAUCCUUGUGUCUGAGAAGGUAUUGUAUAAGAUGGGAAGAAGAGGGUCAUUGAGGAUAAAGUGUUAGUAGUGCAAGUGCUGUAGAGGAGGAGUAGUUGUCUUUAGCUGGCCUGAGUCUUGGUAGCAGUACAACAUUUGGUAUUAGACUAGUGAGUGUAAUGUUACAUUACACUGGCAGGGUGGAAGAGUUGAUGGCCUCUUUCUGUGUGGUGUGUUUGACCUACCGCUUGAGGAAAGGCAAUUACUGUCCUGAAUGCUACCCAGUGGACUAGCAUUACAAAACAUCAACCCCCGCACACAGUCAUCUUAUCAGGAAGCAGAUACCCAACCCUUACUGUCAGUAUACUAAUCAGUGGGAACUGGGAACCGAGCAAAAUCAAUUACAUGGCCAUGCUGCAUUCACAUUUUUUGUUUGCAAUGACUUGCACAAUACAAAAUGAACAAAUGUGGGAAAAAUGCUGAAAAGGUUUUGAAUGAGUUGAGUCACAUCUGCAUCAUAAGAAUUUAAUUGAAGUUUAUACAGGAUAACAUGGUGACACUGAAAUGUGUUCCACAUGUUGGUAGUAUGACUGAAACUAACAUAGAUGUUUACCUGAAACACUAGAUUGGUUUAUUACCCUUGCAAUGGUGGAUAUGAUGUCCUCAAAUCUGCUUUCUGAGCACCUGGCCUUGUGUUCAUUUCAGUUUAUUUUAACACUGUAUUAUGAUGUUUCUACCUUAAUAGGGUUACUCUGUUAUUUUAAUCCAUCUGAACUGCAUUACCCAAAUAUUGUGCAGUGUUCAGUGUAGAUGUUGUUCACCUGUGAGUGAAUUUACAGCCAUCUUUAAUGUAAGCAAUCUUAAUUGCUACAUAUGUAAUUAAUUAAGGUGAGUUGAACAAUUUAGUGAUUUAAUCUGAGUUAAUUAUGUGAACAAUGCAAUAAGGUCCAAAAUGGCCAUUUCUGAAACUUAAGCUAGCUAAUAAAUAAACAAGCCACAUUCCACUUAAUGGAAAGAAAAAAAAUGUAAUUUUGAUAUUCACUUCAGUGGCAAGAAAGAUUAGGGGGCAUUUAUGAAAAGAGCCAUGGAUUUCAAGUCAGUUGCCUUAACUUUACUCCUUUUGUGUUAUGUACUUUUGCUGUUAUUUUUGUUGUGGCAUCUGUAGAGUUAAAAACAAAUGAUCGUACUCUUGGCCAUGUUUUGAUGCAGAUAAUUGUCUUUAAAGCUGCACUAGAUCAACAGGCCCAAAUGGUAAUGGAUAGUUUUGCUGUUUGUUCCAUAUUUUGCUCUAAUGUUUAAUUUCAUCAGUUCCUGGAGACUUUUCACAAGUGACCAUACUUGACACCAGUAAUAAAUUUGGGCAAACGUAAGACACAUAUGGUGUCCCAGAUGUGAUUAACAAGGCGUUCUUUUCUGUUGUAGCCUCACCAUGUGACAUUGGCUGUGAAAACUUUAUUUUUUACAUUAAGGUCUGCUCUAGUGCAGCUUUUUUAUUUGUAAAAGUGAUUUAGAAAUUCAGCUGUUGACUUUAAAUUUUAAUUAUUGAAGUGACACAAGCUCAUUUGAAAGUAGACUUUUUUUUAUUGUGUGAUGGAUUUUUUGUUUGUGUGUUUGUUUUUGUGCCAGACACUCCGCUCUAAUGUCCUGCCAGGGAAAUUUAAAAAAGACAAAAUUCUAGUAAUUAUUUAAAAAGAUUCUCAAAGCCAGGAAUGGGCAGCAUGGCAAUAGUUAGCACUGUCGCCUCACAGCAAGAAGGUUCCGGGUUUGAGCCCUGGUUCAAGCCCGGGGCUUUUCUGUGUGGAGUUUGCAUGUCCUCCCUGUGGCUGCGUGGGUUCUCUCCGGUUACUUCGGCUUCCUCCCACAGUCCAAAGACAUGUGGCUUAGGUUAAUUGGUAACUCUAAAUUGCCCGUAGGUGUGAAAUGUGAGAGUGAUUGGUUGUUUGUCUAUAUGUGUUGGCCCUGCGAUGGACUGGUGAUCCGUACAAGGUGUACCCUGCCUGUCGCCCAAUGUCAGCUGGGAUAGGCUCCAGCCCCCCCACGACUCUUUACGGAUAAGCGGUAUAGAUAAAGGAUAGAUGGAUGGAUGGUGAUGUUAUGAUAAUUUUUUAUUUAUUUCAUUUUUUUCCUUUUGGUUUUGUCAUAAAUGGGCUUCCAUACUUCACGUCAGGUCAUUGUUAUCAUUUUGGUUUCAAAGUGUGAUCAUUUGUAGAGAAAAGUUUAAUACUUUUUGCCUUAGAGAGACUUUUCUGCACUUGCGGUUUGCCACAGUAAGCAGCAUGAUGCUAAAAAUGUGGAAUUUAAGAUCAAUGCACAGCGCUCACUCAGCACAACACACAACAGGGGUUCUUUUGUUUACUCUGAGAAUUAAAAAAAAUAUAUCAGUUUAUGUUUUAAUAAACCUAACUACAAGAAAACUUGGACAGUAGCAAUAUACAGCACAGUAACUGGGUUGGAAAGCAUUGGAAUAGUUAUGUACAUUUAUUUCAAAACACGUUUAACCAUCCUAUAUUGUGCAAUAUUGCCUUUAUUUAAACUAUGUAAGAGUUAUUAGUGAUGUAGUUUUCUAAUGCGCAUGGGCAUUCUUUUUGUCACAUUCAUUUUACUAACGCAAUGGUGAGAAUUUCAAGUUAAAUAGAUUAGAGGUUAUUUUUGAUCCUAGAAUGCUUUUGCACUAUAGCACCUCUCCCACAAUUUACAUUUAGGUAAAUGCAAAUAAUGAUAUACAAUUUAAAGUAUACAACGCAUGUUUCGUGUGUUUGCUGGUAUGGUAUGGUUCAAGUGAAUGACUGCCAGCUAUGAGAUUAAAAGGGUAUUUGAUUACUAUUUAAGUAUUUUUAGAACUACUCAUAGGAAAACAAAUUGAGUUUGUUCCUUACCUUUAAGUCCCAGCAAGGAAUUUUAAAUGAAUGCCUCAGCAAUACGCCACAGAUGAAGACAAUCAACUAUUGUAAUUAAAGGUGACAUCACAAAUGUCAAAUGUUACGUCUUGUUGUAAGCACUGCAAGUAAAUGGUCAGUACAUUUAAAAAAUACAUUGUGUAGGUUACUAGUAAAGUGGUAUCAGUAAAUAGAUUAGGUUCUUGUCUCAUAGUCAUUGUUAAUCUUUAUGUUCUCUGUAUUUUCCCUCCUCUUUAAAAAUCAUUUGACUCAUUUUUUUUUUUUCAUUUUGACAGCUAUUAGCAUUAUGAUAGUAUGACUAAAUUUCUCAGGAAACCAGCUAGUACUCACUUCUUUUUUUGAGUUGAUUGCCUAUUUUUUAUUACACCUGGUAUUUUUAUUUAUUUAAACAGUUGUGAUAACAUUUUUAUAUGCAUUUCUAUACAUUCUUUUCUAGUUUGGUGUAUUUAAUAUUGACUGCUGGUUUAAAACAAGAUGUGUUUUGUGUUUUUAAAGAAACCACAUGGUUUAACCUUGAUUCUGUGUUUUCGUCAAUCACCAUGUAUUAAUUGAGCUGUGUCAUGUCAGAAUUGUCAUCGUGAUUAGCACAGAUGAAGUGUGUGUAUGAGCGUUACCUGUGUGUAUGUAUGUUUGCAUGAUGGCACUCUGUCACUCCUUGAUGUCCAUGUUCCUGGUCCUUAUAGAGUUAUUAUUUUGGGUACAAAAAUCAUUGUCAUUGUUCCCCAACUCAAUUUCAGUCAUGGGUGAUGUAUACAUUUGGUUUUGUGCAGUGUUUUUUCUUCUUUUUGCCAAAAGUUUUUCAUUAAAACGGAAAUCAUCAAUGCAACAGUAUUGACAUGAAUGAUGUGACAAUGAGUGAGUAUUGUUUGAGCAUGUGUCAUCUUCUCUUGUACACCAUCCACUAGGGUAAAAUAAAUUUGGUUGACAAAA